AUGGAGAUUCAGCCAAGAAAAGAAACCCUUUCUCAAGUUAACAGAUUUCAGGUGGAUGAAAUGCAUGACAUUAACAUUAUUAAAUGGAGCAAGAAAAGAAAACUGCAGGGUUUUCAGUUGGAUUUGCUUAGACCGAAACAUAAAUGCUGGGUUGAGAGUGUUUCUUCUGAAGAUGAAUCAAUGAUUGAUGAUAGUCCGAUUUUAGAGAGUGCGAACAAUGAUGCGGUUAAUAGUAGAAUGGAUGCUGCGGACGUUGAUGAUAGAUCUGAACUCGAAUCGGCCAAAGACAGCAAUAGUCUUAUGGAAGACACUGAUACUUCAAUGUCUGUAAAUGAAGACGCCAAACUCGAGGCAGAUUGUGCGAAUACGUUCCUCUGUGCUAAUAGGCAUAGGCUGGGCUAUAGCGAAGAUGCAACGUUUAUUGAUAGCAAAUACAAUUCAUCCUAUGAUGAUUCUGAUACACAACCGAUGGAGAAAUAUGAGGAGCAUCUGCUGGGAUAUUCAGACAAUGUUAAAGAUAGCAAUGAUGAUCAAUUGGUAGAUAAGGAAUUUGAAGAUUUUCUUUUUUCUAAUGGCGUGAAUCCUGACAAGUAUGUUCUUUCAUCGAGAGUAUUGUUACUAAACCAAGAAGCUGAAUCGAGUGCGAGGGAACCGACAAUUGAUCAGGAAUUUGAGGAGUACUUUUCUGCACUUAUGAUCUAG